CUUCUUCUUCUUCCAUCCAUCCGCAUUCUGGAGAAAAAUGAAAUUUUUUAAAAAAAUUUAAAAUUAAAAAUAAUUUCUCUUAAUUCCAGAAAUGCAGUUGAAAAGGAUCAUACACGAUUCAGUAUCUUAUCUUCUUCAUAGAAUUUCUGCAGAAAAUAUUUGUAUUUAUGUAUAUGGAUGUUUUUAUCAGAUUCAAAAUUAGGGCAAAAACGGAGGUUCAGGAUUGAUCUGCAGAUGAUCGAUCUGAAAAGGGGGGAAAUGUUUCCGAAUUAUUUGAAGAUUUUCUGAAAAUGGGGAAGAAUGUGAUGUUCGGAGUGAAGAAAUGUCUGAAAUCAGUGUGCAAUCAUCCCUUCCUCAUAUGCACACUCUGUUUCUUGAUGUUUAUCCGCCGAUCAUUCCCUGUUUUCUUCUCCCUGUUAAUGUCCGCCGCCCCUGUUUUCGUCUGCACGGCGGUUCUGCUCGGAGCGCUCCUGAAUUUGGGGCGAUCGGACGUGGCGGAAACCGAUGUACACGACACGGCGGCGGAAUCCGCCGGAAAAUGCCGAGGAUGCCAUUUUAGGGACAGGAGGCCGCCGGACGUGGCCGGGAAGGCGGCGGUGGAGAGUCGGGAAGUAAGCGAUCACGUCGAAUCCGACGUCGAAUCGUUCGAUUCCGAAAGGGUGAAUGUUGAUUCGCCGCCGGAGUCGCCGUGGCUGAGGGUGGAGGAGAUUCGGAGCUGCGCCGGCGGCGGCAGCGACGACGGAGAUGUGGAAGACGAUGACAUGAUGGAAUCGAGCUCCGGAUCCGGCGGCAGCACCAGCUCCUCGCCGGCGGCGACGUCAUCAAUGGUGGAUAUAAUGCCGCUCGACGAGCUCCACCCGCUCUUAGACGAGGACGGAUCGGUGCAGCUGGUGCCGUUAUCGCUCCGCGGCUCUCAGGCCAUGUCGGAAGUGUCGCCGGAGUCGAGCAGCGGCAACGAGUCCGACGUCGAGACGGAGACGCAGAGCGACGCGCCGGCGAAGCCGGCGAUCACUUGGACGGAGGAGGAUCAACGGAAUCUCCAAGAUUUAGGGUGUUCAGAGAUCGAACGGAAUCAACGUCUCGAAAGUUUGAUGCAACGGCGCCGCCAACGGAAGUACCAAAGCAUGGUGCCGGAGAUGAACUUAAUCGACUUAGAAGCCACCUCGGCAGGGCCACACAACGUCGCACCGAUCGCGACGGGGAGGCGGCAAAAUCAGAACCCGUUCGAUGAAGGCAACGAGAAUCCGGGGAUGCCUCCGGUGCCGGGCUCGGCGCCGUCCGUUUUAUUGCCGGGCCGGAAUCCGUUCGACGCGGCGAGUUACUCUGGUGAGGAGAGGGCAGCGGCUCUGCCGCCGCUGCCGCGGCGGGGUGGAGGUUUUCAAGAGGUGUUCAUGAGAAGAAACGAGAGUUUGAUCGCGGAGAAGCUCGACGCUAAGUUACGUCCGUUCUUUGUGGCCGAGUCGCCGUUCUGUCAGCCACCGGCCGCAUCGAACGACUCCCGGCUGAGCUCGGUGCCGGAGACGGCGUCCGUUAGUUCGGUCGAGGAUACCGACGUCGAUACAGGCCGUGUCGCAGAGGAAGUCGAGGUUCCAGAAAGUCGAGGUUCUGACGAUCACGAGAUAGUCUCUGCCGAGGUCGACGGGGAAACUCCCGAAGAGGAGUCGAAAGAGGAAGUUGGUUCGGGUUCUGAAGUAGUCGAUACCGCCGUCGACGACUCAUCCUCAACAUCGGAAGCGAGUGGAAGAGUCUCCGACGAUGACGAAGCGUCGAAAGACAGUCAGGACAUCGAUAUCUCGACGCGAACCGAUGCACCGGUCGACGAAGCGUCGAAAGACGAUAGCAACAUCGACGACGUCUCGACACAUUCGCCGACUAACGAAGCGUCGAAAGACGACAUCGACAUCGAUGCGUCGACACAAAUUCAUACGCCAAUCGACGAAUCUCAACACAAAGUCGAGCCCGUCUACGACUCAAGCCCCCCGUCGAUCAAGAAGCCGCAUCCCGAAUCUGCCGGAGAUUUUCUCCCGUCGUUCGUCAAGCAGACAGUGUCUCUAAUCGGAAGAACGUGGGACGGGAUUACUGGCGAAUCGUCAAACCCUCCCGACGCUAAGAAUCCGACCAAUGAUUCCGACGAGGCGAAACAUCUGGUCGAGAGCCUACCAAAAGUUGUAUCGAGUUCGAUCGAAAAGAACACAACUUCGACAUUAGACAAUGACGAUGACGACGAUGACGAUGAAGACUAUCAAGAAGCAAGUGUGAAAAUCUCGACGCCGUCAGCGAGGGAAAGCGCCGCCGUCCUUUACAACAUACCGAUGAACAAUCCGAGCGCCAAGCGUCUCGAGGAAGUUCAGGUGCCGAACACGCCCGUUGACGCAUUCGACAAGCUACGAUCGAUCCCGAAUCUGAACAUUACGAACAUACACGAGCUAAUCGACACGAGAUCGCACGUCGGGUCGCCGUACACUCCUGACCUGACGUCGAUGCCGUCCAUGCCGUCGAGCGCUUCGAAGGAAUCUGCCCCUCAGUUCAGCAUGCAGACGAUCCUCGAGGAGGUGUCCGAAGCGAACCAAACCGAUGGCAUGUCCGGAUCAGACAGCGAAGGCGAGAUUUAUUGGCGGGCCCGUCCUACCGCCUUCGACAAAUACGUCGAAUCCGCGGAGGGGAGCUCGUCGCCAGACAGCCAGAAACUCGACGCUUCCGAAAAGCUCGAUUCGGCCGACGGGAACAAGACGGAUGAAAAUCGAAUCGAAGAUGCCGGUGAACCGAAAAUCGAGCCCCACGGUGGAGAGGCGGCGGUAGAAACUGGGAAAGAAAAUGUACGAUCAACGGAGGAGACGGACUGAUAGGUAGAUAGAGCGGGAAGGUAAAUAAUUUGAAUUUGAAUUUAAGUUUGAAUUUGAAUUUGAAUUUGAACAUGAGUCCGGUUUGGGUUUGAGUUUGGGUUAGGGUUCUAUUAACCCUUUUGGAAAAUAAGACCUGCUUGUAUUUUUUUCUUUUUUUUGGGCCUUAAUAUAGCUUUGUAUGUGUUGCUUGUUUAUUGUAGAAUGAUUAUAAGGGUUU